AUGAAGCACUUCAUGCUCCCAAGAAACCCUAUUCUGAGGGACACAGAGCUUCCUUCUUCGUCAAGCCCAAGCUCUGCCAAAUCCAGACCCUCUCGGAAGCACAAAUCUACGAAGGAGAACGAUCCUCCCUCAGAUCUCAAUCUGAUCGUUCCUUCCCCUUCCCCUGCCAAAUUGAAGAGCCCCUUGCCACCGAGACCUCCCUCUUCCAAUCCUCUCAAGCGCAAGCUCAGCAACGAUGCCGUAACCGACAAUUCACUCCCCGCAACUUCCGAUUCCGGUGUCAAGGUUAUUGUGAGGAUGAGGCCUCUGUGUGAAGACAAUGACGAAGGGGAUCCCAUAGUUCAGAAGAUUUCCGACGAUUCCUUAUCGAUUAAUGGCCACAUUUUUACCUUUGAUUCCGUUGCUGACACGGCGGCUACUCAGCUGGAUAUUUUCGAGCAUGUUGGGGUGCCUCUGGUGGAGAAUUGCUUGGCAGGUUUCAACAGUUCAGUUUUUGCUUAUGGACAGACGGGGAGUGGGAAGACUUAUACAAUGUGGGGUCCUGCCAAUUCUUUGUCGGGAGAAAAUGAUCAGCAAGGAUUAGCACCCCGUGUUUUUCAACGACUCUUUGCACGUUUAAAUGAUGAGCAAACUAGGCAUUCUGACAAACAGCUCAACUAUCAGUGCCACUGCUCUUUUCUUGAGAUAUACAAUGAGCAAAUCACGGAUCUGUUAGAUCCGAAUCAGAGAAACCUACAGAUUAGAGAAGACGUCAAAUCUGGUGUUUAUGUUGAAAAUCUUACAGAGGAGCAUGUGUCUACAAUGAAGGAUGUAACUCAGCUUUUAAUAAAGGGAUUAUCAAACAGGAGAAUAGGUGCAACCAGUAUAAAUUCUGAGAGUUCCCGCUCACAUACUGUUUUUAUUUGUGUUGUUGAAUCUCGAUGCAAGAGUGCAGCAGAUGGUAUUAGCAGAUUUAAAACAAGUAGAAUCAAUCUUGUUGAUCUAGCUGGGUCAGAACGGCAAAAAUUAACAGGUGCUGCUGGAGAGCGUUUGAAGGAAGCUGGAAAUAUUAAUAGAUCACUCUCACAGCUUGGGAAUUUGAUAAAUAUUCUGGCAGAAGUUUCUCAAACAGGAAAGCAGCGGCAUAUACCAUAUAGAGAUUCUAGGUUGACAUUUCUGUUGCAGGAGUCUCUUGGGGGAAAUGCAAAAUUAGCAAUGGUUUGUGCUAUUUCGCCCGCACAAAGUUGUCGGAGUGAAACUUUCAGUACAUUGAGAUUUGCCCAACGUGCUAAAGCUAUCAAAAACAAGGCAGUGGUUAAUGAAGUUAUGGAGGAUGAUGUGAAACACCUGCGACAAGUUAUACGACAACUAAGGGACGAGCUUCAUCGAAUUAAAGCUAAUGGUUACAAUCCAAUGGACUCAACUGGAGGUCAUUCGGCUGCCUGGAUCCGAAGAAGCUUGAAUUUAUUACAAUCCAGCCUCAAUCGACCACAACCAUUAUCCCAUGUAGAUGAUGAUGGUGAUGAGGAGAUGGAGAUUGACGAGGAAGGUGUUGAGGACCAUGAUGGUGUUUCCUGCAAUGCCGAUAUGCUGAGUAAUUGCAAUAUUGUAGCUGACAAUGACAAUGAAAUGAACACUGAUGAUCAGGAUUUGGCUCAACCUGGGGAGGAGAAAAAUAUUCCUAGUUGCUCUGACAGCAAAUGUCUUAAUGAAGAAUUGUCCAGUGCAAUGGUACCAAGCAGUUUCUCUUGUCCUGAGGGUGAAUCUGAGAUUGGAGGUUUUACAGGUUUUUCAGCCCCAAAUGCUUCCAUGGAUUCUCCCAGUGCCCCAAAGAAUUGUGUCUCACCUGCCAGCCUCAGCAUAGUUCAGUGUGAUUUAUCACCAGUUCUUAAAUCCCCAACUCCAAGUGUUUCUCCUAGAAUCAGCACCAGCAGGAAAAGUCUGAGGACAUCAUCAGGGCUUUCUCCUUCUGAGAAUGAUCUUCAUGUUGAAAGAGAUUUGGGCAUAAAAUCUGUAAAUCAGAAAAGCUCAUCUACUGUCAUUUCCAGUCAGACAGCUCCAAAUUUUGUUACUAAAACAGAAAAUUUAGCAGCAAGCAUACGACAUGGUCUUGAAAUUAUUGAUAGUUACCAACGUAAUGCUGCUUUGAGGCAGUCAUCAUAUAGGUUUUCAUUAAGACCAAGAGAAUCCAGACUAAUUUUUCCAGUUGACAGAGUUGAUGUGGGCCUGCAGACAUCUCUUGAUGAUAAUGUUGGUGAAGAUUCUGUUUUGUUCACCUGUAGUAAUUGUAAAAGCAGAGUAGAACUUGAUGCCAAUGAAAUUGAUGAUAACCCAAAUCUACAGUUGGUACCUGUUGAUUGUCUUGAGUCUGCUGUUAAGCCAAAGAAGCAAGUUAUCAAAGCAGUAGAAAAGGUUUUGGCAGAAUCUAUAAGGAGAGAAAUGGCACUUGAAGAGUUCUGUGCAAAGCAGACUUCUGAGAUAAUGCAGCUUAAUCGCCUGGUGCAACAGUACAAGCAUGAGAGGGAAUGCAAUGCCAUAAUUGCUCAGACAAGGGAAGAUAAAAUUCUUCGCCUUGAGAGCCUUAUGGAUGGUGUCUUACCCACUGAAGAGUUCAUGGAGGAAGAACUGGUGGCUCUUACCCAUGAACACAAGAUUUUAAAGGAUAAGUACGAGAAUCAUCCAGAAGUUCUUAAGAUGGAGAUAGAGUUAAAAAGAGUGCAAGAUGAAUUAGAGAAGUAUGAAAAUUUCUACAAAUUGGGGGAGAGGGAAGUGUUGAUGGAAGAGAUACAAAGUUUAAGAAGCCAACUUCAAUUUUAUGUUGACUCUUCAUCCACGGCAGCAAGGCAGCAAUAUCCAUUGUUGCAACUGACUUACCCAUCUGAACCCAGUUUGGCAGCAUCCCUCACUGCCAUUCCAGAUUCGACAGAGGAGAAAGAUGAGAUAAAUGAAAUUCCAGCAUCGUCCAAGGACAAUACUAAAGAACAACUUGGACUAGAAAGAAUUAAAUGGACUGAGGCAGAAGGCAGGUGGAUUUCUCUUUCUGAAGAACUGAGAGCAGAGCUUGAAGCUAGCAGGUCGCUAGCUGAAAAGAGGAAGCAGGAAUUAGAUGCUGAGAGGAAGUGUACUGUGGAACUUCAGGAAGCUAUGCAAAUGGCCAUAGAAGGCCAUGCAAGACUUCUAGAACAAUAUGCAGAUUUGGAAGAGAAACAUAUCCAAUUGCUUGCAAGGCAUAGAAAGAUCCAGGAUGGAAUUGAGGAUGUCAAGAAAGCAGCUUCCAGAGCAGGAGUCAGAGGUGCAGAGUCCAAGUUCAUAAAUGCCCUUGCUGCAGAAAUUUCAGCUUUAAAAGCAGAAAGAGAAAAAGAACGGCGAAUCUUUAGGGAUGAAAAUAAAGGGCUUCAGGCACAGUUGAAGGACACUGCAGAAGCAGUGCAAGCUGCUGGUGAACUGCUUUUGCGCCUUAAAGAAGCUGAAGAAGCUGUCACUACUGCUCAGAAACGGACUAUGGAUGCUGAGCAGGAAGCUGCUAAGGCCUACAAACAAAUUGAAAAGUUGAAGAAGAAACAUGAGAAGGAGAUUAUCGCACUUAAUGAGGUCCUUGCGGAAGCACGUUUGCCUAAGGAAUCUGUACGACCGACUUAUGACGACGAUGUUGUCAUGCCCAGUUAUGAUGACUCAAAGGAGCCCAACAGUGUCAAUGAUCAGUUUGAGCCCUUUAAUAAUAAUGCAGAGUAUGGGGAGCUAGCAAAACUAGCAGAAUCAUCAUGGUUCUCAGGUUACGAUAGAUGCAAUAUAUAA